AGGAUCUCGCGCACUCUGCCUAGUCUCCACAGCUUGCAUUGCAUAGGGAAUCAUACAAGCGGUACACUGUUGUUGCAAGAUGGCAAUGAAAUUAGCUUACUGGGAUAUACGUGGGCUUGCUCAACCAAUCCGUCUGCUGUUGGAAUACACUGGAACUAAGUAUGAGGAAAAAAUGUAUUCUUGUGGUGAAGCUCCCAACUAUGACAAAAGUUGCUGGUUUGAUGAGAAAAGCAAACUUGGAAUAGACUUUCCUAAUUUGCCUUACCUAGAGGACGGUGACAGGAAAAUAGUCCAAAGCAAUGCUAUAAUGAGAUACAUCGCCCGCAAACACAACCUGUGUGGGGAAACUGAAGAAGAGCAGGUGAGAGUUGACAUCUUGGAGAAUCAGGCAAUGGACUUCAGGAAUGGUUUUGUCCAGCUCUGUUAUGGAGACUUUGACAAAAUCAAACCGUGUUACAAUGAGUCACUGCCAGGAUCUCUCAAGCAGUUUUCUGAAUUUCUUGGUGACAGGAAAUGGUUUGCUGGAGACAAGAUCACAUUUGUGGACUUCAUCAUGUUUGAAUUGUUGGAUCAGCACCGUAUGUUUGAGCCCACAUGCCUGGAUGACUACAAAAACCUAAGAUGUUUUCUGGAUCGUUUUGAGAGUUUGGAGAAGAUUGUAGCAUACAUGAAGUCAAGCAAGUUCAUGAAAACACCUGUAAACAACAAGAUGGCCAAAUGGGGAAACAAGAAGGAGUGAAAAUUACAAGAUAUAUAUUCUUCAUGGUUACAGUACCAGUAUAUGUUAGUUAAAUGAUUUUCAGUGCACAUGUGGUGAAUAUUCUUUGGUACCACUGUAUUAAAUCUUACUGAUAAGUGAGCAAUAUAAGGAUAAUUGGUUACAGUUCUGUGUUACAAUUAGGCAUCAAUUAUUGAAAACAUUACAAAACUGUCAGAAUUCUUGCUGUCUAUAGAAAUAAUGCAGUUGAAAAGCACUUAUAUUUGAAUUAAACCCAUUUAGUGAUAAUUUUGCACCUUUGAUUCAAUAAAAAGGAAAAGCAUUUAACUGUUUUAUUAGAGAUUUUGCUGUUUGAAGUCUUUACAUUAGAGUUGUAACACGGAAUAAACAUUAAAUGCAAUUCUUUAAUUUGAGU